AUGAGUAAAGAUUCCUUUCCCCUUUUAGAUGUACCAGAGAUAGUCAUGUGUCUUCAGAGCUGCGAUUUUAACUUGGCUGCAGAGGAAAAUAUACGAAAACCAACCUCGACUUACAUCAUAAAAUUGUAUCAACAAAUUGUGAAAGGUUUUACAGGUGUUUCAUCGGAUUCUUACUUGGAUGCAACAAGAAACCUUCCAGAUGACGAGGAUGCCAUCUUUUUUGGUACUUUACAGAUAUUAACGUUGAAUAAAACAUGCUAUAAAUUCUUUCAAGAUGUUGGUAUUGAUGAUUUCAAUAUGAUGGAUUUAAAUAAGCCAGAUUUCGAAAGAACGAGGAGAAUGCUUAGUGCUGUUGUCAAUUAUGCUAGAUUCCGUGAGGAAAGAAUGUUCGAUUGCAAGAAAUUUAUCAAUGAAAUGGAGAAUUUAUUGAAUGAACUUCGAUCAAAAUUUGAUGAUUUUAAUCUUCUAAGACAACAGACUAAAGAUAUUGAAGACCAAAUUGGUCAUAUCAAUGAUAGUUUGGAGGGAAACAGUGAAGAAGAUCUUAAUGAACUUGAAAACAAGAAUAAGAACUUGGAAACCGAAUUAAAAAAACUGACAAAACUUCAAGAGACCCUUUCCAUUGACUACAAUAACUACAAGACAGAAAAACAAAAGUUAUUAAAGGAACUAGAAACUUUAGGAUUUCAAUUCGUUGAAUUAGAAUCAAAAAGAGAAAAAUUGAAUAAAUAUUCAACGACUGAUAUCAACAAAUUGAAUUCUGAAAUAUCAGAAUAUUCCAAAAUCUUGAAAGAAAAACAAGAAACUCUAUCAAAUUUGGAAACAAAACAAACUAACCUAGAAACGUCUGUACAGACCUUUGAAAGGGUUAUUAAUGAGCUAUAUGACCUUUUAAGAAUCAUUUCCACAGAAUUGCAGGAACCACAUAGGGUAGAAGUUUCAUUAAUUGAAGUCAAACAACAACUAUUAACGAAUCGUGAAAAUUUGAAGGAAAUUCUGUCUUCAAACAUUCUCUAUAAAUUAGCUAUCUUGAAAGAUCAACUAAAUCAACAGCAGGUAAAAUUUCAUGAACUUCAAAAAACUACAGAAAUACAGAGCCAAAAGAAUCAAAAUAAAUUGAAUGAAUUGGAAAGGAAGUACAAUGAAGAAAUUUUGAUCGAAUUAAAGGAAGCAGAUACCCGAAUUCAACGAGAUAUAAUAAAUGGUGAGCUCAAGUCAGUCGAAUCGGAGAUCUCAGAACUUAAAAAAGAGUUUAAUAAUGAAAUAGAUGCAAUUGAACAGGAAUAUUCGCUUCUGGCAGGACGUAUAAAUAAAUAUAUGCAAGAAAUGUUAAAAAAUAUGGAUUGA